AUGGAGAGAACUGAAACUUGGGAUUUGGUCUCUCUCCAUGCUGGUCAUCAUGCAAUUGGAUGCAUGUGGGUUUACUGUGUUAAAUAUAAUCUUGAUGUCUCUAUGGAUCGGUACAAAGCACGACUCGUUGCUAAAGGUUACAAUCAAUUGGAAGAUAAUAUUCUUAUUACAGCUCCUUCUCUUGAAGUUAUUGCUUCUGUUAAGCAUCUUCUGCAUUCUCAUUUUAAGUUGAAGGACUUUGGUACUGCCAAAUAUUUUAUCGGGCUUGAACUAUCGCGAUCUUCACGUGGAGUUUACUUAUCUCAACGGAAAUAUUGUCUUCAGAUUUUUGAAGAUUCUGGUUUUCUUGGUGAGGGAUCUGUUUCCUUUCCUAUGACAUCCAAUUGUAAGCUUUGUGCUUCUUCUGGUAUUCCACUUUCCACUGAUGAUGCUACUUCUUAUAGAAGAUUAGUUGGGCGUUUAUUAUAUCUUCAAAUUUCUCGCCUUGAUAUUUCAUUUGUCGUACAUCGCCUUAGGCAGUUUCUUCAACGACCAUGCAUGGGUCAUUUGGAUGCUGCUCAUCAUUUGCUCAGUUACCUUAAGGGUACUAUUGGCCAAGGCAUUUUACACCUUCGUGCUUCUUUCCAACUAAAAGUCUUUGUUGAUGCAGAUUGGGGAGCUUGUUUAGAUAAACAACAUUAUGUAUAUGGUUUUUGUAUAUUCCUUGGUGAUUCUUUGGUCUCCUAG